AUGGCGCCCAGGAAUCGCGGGGGCAGACCGACCCUCAGUCAGAGCUUGGACCGUGAUGUCUACCAGGUUGUGCGCAAGAUUAUCGACGACAACCCCGAUACCCGUUUGUCGGUUCAGAUGCUGUAUGACCAGAUCAAGAAGUCGAAUUCGAGCUUGAAGCGCCAGCAGAAGAGGUCUUUGGAGGAUAGCCUGGAGAGGGUUUUGGCUGUCUUGCAGGCUGAUGAGGCUGAUGAGGAGGACGACACAGUUGAAGGGGACUUUGAAGGCCUGGACGACCCGGCGGCUACGGAGCCCAAUGGCCUGAAUCAAAGCAUUGUCGGUCAGUGGGCGACUACAAAAGCAACCCCGUCCAAGAAGACCGAAGACGGAACCUCCAGCAAACCCUCGAAGAGAAGGAGAGAAGGGGGAGAGUCUGUAUCCAAGCGACGCAAGGGCGAGGCGAUUGAUCGAUCACCACCCACACAUGUCAGUCUCGCAGACUUGGGUGGUUUGGAUGAGGUGGUCCAGGAAUUGGGCGAUCUGCUCAUCUUGCCCAUGACUCGGCCGCAGGUCUACUUGUCGUCUAAUGUGCAGCCGCCGCGAGGUGUCUUGUUGCACGGCCCUCCGGGCUGUGGUAAGACCAUGAUCGCCAAUGCAUUCGCAGCAGAGUUGGGUGUACCUUUCAUUUCCAUCUCGGCGCCCUCUGUCGUCUCCGGUAUGUCCGGUGAAUCUGAGAAGGCCCUGCAGAGAGAAAUGGAAAAGCGAAUUGUCGCCCAGCUUUUGACAUGCAUGGAUGAAAUUGCUCUCGAGAAGACUGAUGGCAAACCCGUGAUCGUCCUUGCGGCUACAAAUCGCCCGGAUAGCUUGGACGCAGCUUUGCGUCGUGGUGGUCGCUUCGACAAGGAGAUCAACAUGACUGUGCCCUCGGAGCCUGCCAGGGAGAGAAUCCUGCGCACACUUACGCGCAAGCUACGCCUGGCAGAUGAUCUUGACUUCAAGACCCUGGCCAAUCGAACUGCUGGUUUUGUUGGAGCUGAUCUUAACGACCUCGUUUCAACAGCCGGUGCGGCUGCCAUUAAGCGGUAUCUGGCCAUCUUAAAAGCGAAUAGCGGCGAGGAGAUGGAGAUCGAAGAGCUGGAUGACCUCAACCCUAAGGUGCGAGAGCUCCGUCGUCUGAUCGAGCAUGCUAAGGAUACUCCCAUCGGCGAGGAGACCGAGACCGUUCUCGUUUCCAAUGCAGACUUCUUCACUGCACUUCCCAAGAUCCAGCCCUCUUCUAAGCGCGAAGGCUUUGCCACAGUCCCUGAUACCACCUGGGCGGAUAUCGGUGCUCUCAGCACUAUCCGUGAUGAAUUGGCCACUGCCAUCACCGAGCCUAUCAGGAACCCUGAAAUCUACGCUCAAGUCGGUAUCACCGCACCCACGGGUGUCCUUCUAUGGGGUCCGCCAGGUUGCGGUAAGACACUCUUGGCCAAGGCUGUGGCCAACGAGUCCCGCGCCAACUUCAUUAGCGUCAAGGGUCCAGAACUGUUGAACAAGUUCGUCGGUGAAUCUGAGCGCGCUGUGCGCCAGGUCUUCGUCCGUGCCCGAUCCUCCGUUCCCUGCGUUAUCUUUUUUGAUGAGCUCGAUGCCCUCGUGCCCCGUCGAGACGAUAGUCUUUCUGAGGCUUCUGCCCGUGUCGUCAACACCCUUCUCACUGAGCUGGAUGGUUUGGGCAGCAGUCGCCAGGGUAUCUACGUCAUCGCUGCCACUAAUCGACCUGAUAUCAUCGACCCUGCCAUGCUUCGUCCUGGCCGUCUCGAAACUCUGCUCUUCGUGAACCUUCCCUCCCCGCUUGAGCGUGUGGAUAUCCUGAAGACUUUGGUUCGCAAGCUGCGCAUUGACUUCAAUGAUGAACUCAUGAGACUCGCUGAGGAGUGUGAGGGAUACAGUGGUGCUGAUCUGGGCAGUCUCCUGCGCCGUGCUGGUUACAUGGCUAUCAAGCGUCGCGACGUUAUCAAGUACGAGGACUUUGUUGCUGCCAAAGCCUUCAUUCGUCCCAGUGUCACUGAUAUGAAGAAGUAUGAAAAGUUGCGGCGCGACUGGGGCACUGGUGUUUGA